AUGGCUAAAUCCAAAGCCACGGACGUGUUGGAGGCCGAGAUGGUCAAAGGCGGCGAAGAGCAUAUCGAAGAGAUUGCGCUUGCCCGUUUGACCGAGGAAGAUCUAUGGACACUGUCUCAGGAGUCGCUGACUGUUUGGUCGUGGACUGGCGUUCGUCUAGGCCUCAUCAUGUUCGUCCAUGGCUGUAACCAAGCCGGCUUUGGUAUCGACUGGGGUGUGAUCAGUGGCAUCAGCGCUAUGAAACCUUGGCAUGACUACUUUGGCUUUGGCGUUACAGGAGGUACAUACGGUCUUAUUAAUGCUCUCAUGAGCAUUGGUACUGUCUGUGGUGCCCCAUUCAUGGCCCUUGCGGAUGUCGUAGGUCGUCGUGGUAUCAACUUCAUCGGAAAUGCCAUCGUCAUAUUUGCUGCCAUUCUGCAGGGUUGUGCCAUCAACUUGCCGAUGUUCAUGGCUGGUCGCUUUUUUAUGGGCUUCGGCACCGCUCUCAUGUCUAGCUCCCAGUAUAUCGGAGAGAUUGCACCGCUUCACCUUCGUGGUCGCAUGGUUGGCUUCUUUGGCGCCUGCUUCCAGGUCGGUAGUUUGGUCAUGCUGGGAGCUAUGAUCGGGCUCUCCAACCUGUCUGGGAACAACUGCUGGCGGAUUCCUCUAAUUCUCGAGGCUUUGUUCCCUGCUAUUGUCUGUACUACAAUCUAUUUCUUGACCCCAGAGUCCCCGAGAUUCUACGUUAUGAAGGGGAUGCGUGAAAAGGCUAAGGAAGUCGUGGCAAAAUACCACACCACCUCCACAGAUAUCAACCAGCCAAUCGUCGAGAUCCUGGUAACGCAAAUGGAGGAAUCGCUUGAAAGUGAUCGAGAUGGAAUCCGAUCCUUUUGGGAUUACCGAGUCUUCUUCACCAAGACGGCUCGCUAUCGAUUGCUGGUCCUGGUGCUUUAUUCCAUCUUCCAGCAAUGGAAUGGAGGAAGUAUCAUUACAUACUAUAUGGCAGCAGCAUUGGAAACCAUCGGUAUUGACGGUACUAAACAACAACUCGGCAUCACUAUCGGAACUACGGCGGUCUACUUCGUGUUCACGGCAGUCGGCUCGCUUCUUGUCGAUAAGUUCCGCAGACGAACCCUGAUUUUCGCAGGUCUCAUCAGCAUGAUCAUUUUCCAGACAGCUACUACGAUUACAUCCUGGCAAUAUAGCCUCCACGCUAGUCAUGCUACCGCAGCACUCACUCUUCUCUGGAUAUUCUUGUACCAGACCUUCUCUGCAACGCUGAUUGCAACUAUGCACAAUCUUUACCCGGUAGAGGUACUUUCACUACCCCUUCGUGCCAAGGGAAUGGGGCUGUACAGUCUGGUCCAGGGUGGCGCGAGUGCGGUUCAGACCUAUGGUAUUGGAGUCGGUAUCGGCAAAGUCGGAUACAAGAUCUGGGUGGUGUAUAUCGCCUACAACACUGUCCAGCUAAUCUUAUCCUAUUUCAUCUUUCCAGAAACCGGUGGAUUGAGUUUGGAAGAGAUCGAUACUGUGUUUGAAACGCCGGGCGUUGCACCCGUUAAGAUGUCCCUGGAUAUUCAGAGAGCUAAGAAGGAACGAGCGGCAGCAAGACGGGACGAGGAGUCUAGUUUCCCGCGUUGA